UUACCCUUAUUAUCGCCUACCACAAAUUGAAAGGGAACCAAAGCAACCAGUUUUCCUAGUAGGGGGCAGUUCUGGAACCAUCCAGCCAAAUUUCCGUCUCGUGGACAAAAUAAAUAUCGGUCAUCCCACAAGUCUAUAGGAGGAUUUCAAGUAGACUUGGAAAUCUCAUGUUCUUUUAGGCAACUUGGUCUAAUCACCAGGGAUCUGGUUGGACGAUUCCAGACACGCCAGAAAGCCGGAGAAGAUUUCCGUCCGACGUGCUCCAUAUUCGGAAUACUGCUUUAUCGCAACCCUUGCCGUGAUGUCGGACCAAAACCCCGUCACCGAGACGCUAGUCAUCGUGGUCCCGGACGGGAUCUCGACCCCGGAGUUUAUCCGCAGGGCGAAGCUCAUGAUAUCGCGGCUCGCCGUCAAAUAUGCGAGAGAUAAGGGAAACCCCCCUACCAUGACCGCCGAAAUCGAGGGCCAGACGCGGUUUCUGCGUUCUUUCAUCCCAUGGCUCGAGACCGAGGUCCACAUGACACCAAAGCUGAGGGACCACACCCAGAUCCACGUGGCCCUCAGCAUACUAUUCGACCCCACCUAUUAUCUCCCGAGCUCGCUUGCCGAGAUGGCCCGGGCGGCUUACAAUCGGUUCGAAGCCGAGAAAUGGGGUGCCACGUCGACCAACGACGGCGAGGGCGAAGGAGAAGAGCCCGUUGGUGCCGCACCCACGGCCACCGGGUCCGGGUCCGGGUCCUCCGCCGGGUCCGGGAUGAGCAGCAUCGUCAACUCGGUUACGUCGAUGCGGCUCCCGCCGCCAGACCACCCGAUCUGGGGCCGGAAUGGCAUCAUGCACGGGGUGGCGUUCAAGCCCGGGCGGCGGGCCAGCUACGUUCUCAACAGCCAGUACCUGGCGGAGAAGCGGGGCGCCAAGGUGUUUGGGCACAACGGGCUGGAGCCGGGGGCGUGGUGGCCGUUCCAGCUGGUGGCGCUCUUCCACGGCGCGCACGGCGCCUCGGUCAAGGGCAUCGCCGGCGACGCCGAGCUGGGCACGUGGUCGGUGGUCCUGUCGGGCACGUACGACGACCUCGACGCCGACGACGGCGACUCCAUCUGGUACAGCGGCGACGGCAGCCACGAGAACCAGGACCCGCGGCGCAUCCUCCACGAGAGCAACGCCACGCGCAGCCUGCACACGUCGCUCGCCACGGGCAAGCCCGUCAGGGUGUUGCGCGGCGCCAAGACGAAGAGGGCUUUCGCGCCGACCGUGGGCAUCCGCUACGAUGGGCUGUACAGGGUGGUAGCCACCCGGAAGCUGAAGAACCAAAAGGGCGGUCUCUACGAGGUGUUCAGGAUGGAGAGGCUGCCGGGUCAACGGUCGCUUGACGACAUCUGCAUGACGGUCCCCUCGCCGAAGCAGGAGUAUGAGUUCAGCCGGAUCCAGGAGAGAUACUAGGGCUGGCACUGGUAAUAUCCAUUACAGCCUACGUAGGCGGGCAUGAUAGGGGACAAGGCAGGGGGCUAAGCCUAAAUUGCACUUUCAGAAACAUUCGUUUCGCUACACAUUUCAUUAAGACGGCCGUGGAGGGGCUGAGUUGCCCGAAGGAGGCAAGGGUUUUGUUCCCUUGGAGGGUUGUAGAAGGAA